AUGGCGCGGUCGAGCUGGUCAAUGCAAAGCAAAUUGCUACUUCAACGGUACAGAAAAAAGACCAUGCCAGAAGCAGCACGAGCUGUUGCAGCUGCAGCUGUAGCUCAUCGCUUACAAGGUUCAAAGGAGGACCGGAAGCUGGCCAUUGUUUUGGUUGGCUUGCCAGCUCGUGGUAAAACCUUCACUGCAGUUAAGCUUACAAGGUACCUUCGUUGGUUGGGUCAUGAAACUAGACAUUUCAAUGUUGGGAAGUAUCACUGUCUGAAGCAUGGAGCAAACCAGUCUUUAGAUUUUUUCCGUGAUGAUAAUCCUGACCGUAUUGAGGCACGUAAUGAGGUGGCUGCUUUAGCAAUGGAGGACAUGAUAGAUUGGAUGCAUGGUGGAGGUCAGACUUGCAGUGUCAUGGUGAUAUACAUAUACCAAGAAAGAAGCAACAUUAGCUCAACCAAGGUCUCAAAAGGUGCAUAA